AUGCAGAUGCGUCCCCCGCCUCUCCGGUGCGUGCUGAGGUCAGGCUGGGCUGCGCUGCCAGCGCGGAGCAGCGGGGUUGAGGUCGCGGCAGACCCGGAGCCGCGGGGGCGGGCGCGGAGCUACGGCGAGCGCCUGGCUCGGGCCGGGAGCGGCUCCCUCCCUGGGAAGCCGAGGGGCUCGGCGGGGCCCUUCCAGCCGCUGGCAGCGGGAGAGCGGGGAGUGCGCGGAGCGGGGCGCCCGGCCCGCCCCGCCGACCCGCUCCUCCAUGCGGGCGGCGAGCGGGGCUGGGGCGCGGGGCGCCGGGGGCAGCGCGCAGCGGUGCUGAGGCCGCGACCGGGAGAGACGAUGGCCAAAUGGCUGAAUAAGUACUUCAGCCUGGGCAACAGCAAGACCAAGAGCCCGCCGCAGCCCCCGCGGCCCGACUACCGGGAGAAGCGCAACGGUGCCGGCAGUGCGCCCCGCCCCGAGGGGCCGCCGCACCUCCACCUCCACCACCACCACACCUCGCCCGGCUUUUCGCGCCGCCGUCCGCGCGACGACACCAGCGACCUGCUCCGCGCCUACCGCGCCCAGAAGGACCGCGACUUCGAGGACCCCUACAGCGGGCCCGGCUCGUCCCUGCGCAAGCUGCGCGCCAUGUGCCGCCCGGACUACUCGGCGCCCGAGGACCUGGGCGAGGGAGCCCUCAAGGCUUCCUCCUCCUCCUCCUCUUCGUCGUGCUGCGCCACGCCUCCCACCACCGGGUCCCCGCACCUCUUCCGCAGCCACAGCGAGCGCCGCCCGGCGACGCCACCCGAAGUGAAGUACAUCUCCCCCAAGCACCGGCUGAUCAAGGUGGAGAGCGGCGGUGGAGGCGGCGACGGCGCCGGCAAGAAGCUCAGCAAGGGCUCCAAGCAGCCGACGGUUGCUGCCCCCUCUGCCAUGAAAGAUAAAGUAUUGAUAGCUGAUGACUACUCAGAUCCGUUUGAUGCCAAAAGUGAAUUGAACAGAAUGGGAAAAGGGGAGAACACCGGCUAUAUGGAGCCAUACGAAGCCCAGAGAAUAAUGGCUGAGUUUCAACAGCAGGAAGGCAUGAAGUCCCAUCAGAAAAACAUGCAGCUCUAUGACACACCCUAUGAACCAGAAGGCAGUGGUGUGGAAUCUGAUUCUGAAAGUGUGGUGAGUCGCCGUUUACGAGAAAGCAAAUUGCCACAGGAUGAUGACAGGCCUGCAGAUGAGUAUGAUCAGCCGUGGGAGUGGAACAAAGUCAGCAUCCCAGCUUUGGCAGCCCAGUUUAAUGGAAGUGGGAAACGGCAAGCAUCUCCUUCUCCCUCAAAUGACCAGCACAGGCAAUUAAGAGCACCUGGAGGAGGCUUUAAACCUAUCAAACAUGGCAGUCCAGAAUUUUGUGGGAUCCUGGGAGAGAGAAUAGAUCCAACUAUUCAACUGGAAAAGCAGAUAUGGUAUCAUGGAGCAAUAAGUCGGACAGAUGCAGAAAACCUGUUGCGUUUAUGUAAGGAGUGUAGCUACCUUGUAAGAAAUAGUCAAACAAGCAAGCAUGACUAUUCACUUUCACUGAAGAGCAGUCAAGGUUUUAUGCAUAUGAAGCUGACGAAAACCAAAGAGAAGUACAUCCUGGGCCAGAACAGCCCUCCAUUCGACAGUGUUCCUGAAGUCAUCCACUACUACACUACCAAAAAGCUGCCUAUCAAAGGAGCAGAACACUUGUCCUUGCUCUACCCUGUGGCUGUACGGACUCUCUAAUAACCUAAUCUCACCCCUUCCUGUGGAUGGGAGGUGAGAGAUAAGCUGGGUUGCACAGAAUUCAUUGCCAGAAUUAGGAGCCUGAGUGUAUAACGGAGAGAAGCAGCAUUUAGUUUUGUGAAUGUGGGCUCUCUGCAGAGUUGUCUGUGGGACUGUGUGUGUGAUACACUUGUGCUGCAGCAUGUCUCUAGAAUUGUAUUGCUGCGUAAGAGAAAGAACACUUAUUUUAAUGCUAGGAGAGCAGAUAGCCUUCCCAGACCUUAUGUGUGAAUGAAAGUGCUUCCCAACAAAAGUUCUUCCUUCAUGCUUUGAGAAGAAUCAACAAGUUCUUCUCAGCAGUAAAAACCAACAACUUGUAUUCUCUUGCUACCCUGAGAAACUUCUCCAUGAGAAAGAGUAACCUUACUCUGGGGGACCCUAGGAUAUUCUUGAUGGACCUGAGAAGCAUCUGCUUAGCAAGCAAGUCUCUGGCUCUGGUCACAUAGUCUGAGGGGUUUGGGAUUUUUUUAAUGCAGUUUCUUGCGGUAGUCAAAUAUUGAACUUCUAUUAGACACACAAUCUUAAAAUAGUUUUGUGAGAGCAAAUCAUGGUCAAUUACUUAUGAAUAGGGGAUGUAAUUAAACAGUAGUUUGUUAUAUAUUUUUAUCCUUUUUGGUACAAUAAUCUCUUAAUGUUUACUGUCUUCAUUUGCAAGUUUCAUUUGUAGGUACAGGCAGCUAAUUCUGUUUGGGACAGUUACACCAUAAUGUUUUAAGUAGUUAGGAUAAGUAAUUUUGAUAUGUGGGUUAGUAUUUAUGCAUGAGGGUGGUCAAAGGCUUUUAUAAAGCUUUAGUAGGCAAAAUCUUCACUUGCUCAUUCAUCUGGAUCAAACAGCUGUCCUACUGAUGUAGCAGGCUAACGUGUAUCACACUGGCUUUCCACAAGAUGGCUUUUGCAGCUGUGAGAAUUGCAGUAUGUAGUAGAGCAGAAUUUUGGUUUUCUGGUCUACCAAGGCAUUCUUAAGCCAUAGCCCCGUUGGCAUAUACCUUCUGGCCAAAGUGCUCUUUUUUACCAUGAGCAGAAGCCUGCCUCCUGCUGUAUUUCAGUCACUGUCAGCCAGAAGCACUGUGGAAGCUGCUCUGUAUCUUAGUCCUGCCAACUCAGUGCCCAUGUACUUGGGACAUAUUUUUUACAUGCUCUGUGUGCUCAUUCAGUGAGAUAAGUGAAAAAUUAUAAUUGUACACAAGCUGGAACUGGGGAAUCUAUAGCCUUAUAGUCCUCAUGUUGUGCCAUCUCCCACAUACGUCUAGAAUGUUGUGCAUUAACCCAUCAGCUGGUAUAGUAGCAAACUGGUUAUAUGCAGGUUAUGUAUUUUACAGACAGCAAUAGGACUGUGAAAUUGUGUGCUAUUUAAUUCAGCUUUCUUAGCUACUACUAUUUUUUUAUGUAUGCUUAGAAAGAAGUGCAGAUCUGAAAAUUGUGAUGGAAUAACCACUUAUUGCCUGUAAAAGUAGUUCUUCAUGGUAUUGUUUAAUCUGUUAAGAACCUCAAGGAUGACCCAUAUACUCUCACUGGUGCUAAAUAUUGUUUGCUUUUAAGCCUGCCUUAUUCUUUAAAUGGCUUCCAAUGCAGAUUGAACAGAAGUUGAUCAUAUGUGUGUGAAGAGCCCAGUGUCAUUUUGUGCAGCAGUGGUAGUGGGUCAAACUAUCCGUCUUACCCAGAAUCGGAAGUUGCAUUGAAAUAGUUUUUCCAGUGUUCCGAGGAGGGUGGCUCAGUGGAGGACAAAGAGACAACAUUCCUUUCCAAGUGAAAACAAAUAUCCCCUUUUUGUGUACUUGAUGCCUUUAGAAGGCUGAUCUAGAACAGAGGCUAGACAGAGUUAGAGAAUAAAGUAGGUAUUUAUUAAAAGGCCUUAAAGGAUACACCGUGGGCAGUGUAAGAGCCUGGCCAGGGCUACACCCAAGAUGAACCCAAAAUGGUCACAAAAUGGAUGACCAGUCACAAGGUGUCACACUUUUAUAUGUUUUGGUCCAUUAGCAUAUUGGAGUUAAUUGUCCAGUUAUAGAUUGAGGUUAUGAACUUCCAUUCUCCUUGUUUUCUCUCUUCAAUUCACCAUUGCUUGUACUUUUUGGGCCUGGAGCUUGUAACAGUUGUCCUUGGUCAAGCUGGAAAAGGAAUUGUUUUGUCUAUCUACCCUGUGAAGAGAACUUGACAACACUUAGUAUAAAGCUCAGAGCUACACACUAAAACAGCACAGAAUCUGAAAAAUAUGAAAGCUGAAACUUUAGGCAUCAUAUUACCCGCUUGCUUUUUUUAUUUCCCUAAAGUCUUUACUGUCUUAACAUCACUCAACUGACAAGAGCGUACAGGCACUUUUAAGUUAGUAUAUUCUCUCACCGGAGUAGGAGUUUAUGAAGGUGGCAGAGUUCACACAAAUUAGGAAUCAGGUGACAUCUGCUCUGAAUCUUGGCCUUUGUGAGCUCGGGCAAAACUAUCAUUCCCUUUGGGACAGAAAUAUAUGUUAUUUCUUUGGUGCGCUGAAUCUGGCAUAUUGCUGUUCCAUAGCGUGUUUUUCUUCUUUAAAGGGGAAAAAAAAAGUAUGCCCUACUCUAACAGCAAUUACCAGUAGAAACCAAUAGCAUCAUUAACCAAGGCCUUGUCUGGCUUCCUUAAGCACUUUGUCUUUAAUUCAUGGGGAUAACUAUUGUACCAGACCUUUCUUGUCAUGGGUCUGAUCAAAAGUCAGAUGAAGCCAGCAAGUGCCAUUUUAUUGCUGUCUGCGAAUUUUGGGUUGGGAUCUAUUGUUUCAUACAAAUUAUGUGAAUGUGCAUCAUACAAAUGAGUAUACUGCUUAUUACAGCUUCAAGGAUCAGAUCAAGGUUCUUGGUUCAGGAAGAGGAAAUCAUCUCAGAACGUAUUGUUUCUCCAUGGGAAGGUUUUUUUAUUAUUUUUCUAAAAGACUUUUAGAAAGUACUCAAUAAUUGCAGAAUAAAUAAAACCAGGAUUUUGUUUGCACUGUAAUGUUGUCUCUGUUUAUUUAAGUGAUUGUAUGAUAUUUUUCCAGUGAAGGAAUAUUCUUCCCAGAUUUUUUAAUGUACAGUGAAAAUGCGGUGUGUUAACAGUGUGUAGUAUUGCGUAUAGGUGGAAGAUCUUGUAGUGAUCAUGCCUAUAUUGCACAUUAAAAGUUUAUUUAAAAAAAUAUAUAUAAACCUCUCCCUUUUUUUCCUCUGAUUGCCUUGUGUACUCAGAUUGUCAUUAAUAGCUAAUAAUUGAAGCAGCCUUUUAGAACAACUUGUGUUUAUUUGUCUCAUCUGUGUUGUGAAAGUAAUCACUAGGUUGUAAUUUGGAGUCUGGAAAAUCAUAUAUCUCAGUUCUACCCUGACUAAUUCUCUUGAUAAUGUGCACCUUUGCAAGGGCCUGACAAGGAUGCAUGUGUGAAUGAUAUUGCUGAUGAUCCAAGGAAUCCAGUUAUUGCUGCUAACAGCAUAACACUGGUGAGUCACUUUUUGCAGUCUUUGUAAGAGGUGUUAAUUUGGCUUCUAUUUUGAUGAGUAUUUCACAGCAUGGUGAAGGUUGUGAACAUCUGUAUGAUGUGUAGGAGAGCUUUAGUGGCCAAGGUUGCAUUUCACAGCUCCUUCCAUAAUUGGAAAUUCAUUUAAGUUUGUGGAAGUACAGUCAUCACCAUGGUUUCUCUACUUGAUUACAGAUUAUUGUCUUAUUUUGAAAUUAGGUCUUCAGAGACAGGAUGCAAAGCACAGGGCUGAAUUAAGUUCAAAGGUACAAAACAGACAUUUUGGCUUCUCAAAGAACCUGACCUGAAGUAAGUAUUCCUCUAUAUUCUGAGGAAAAUGCUUACUGCUUGGAGGAUGACACAUUUGUGUGCUUCUCUUCAGCAUCCCGUUGGGUUUUGCACUUUAUCUUGAUGCCGUGGCUCAAGCUGGCAACACAAACAUCAUGUGGCAAUGUUGGUGGAGUCCACAAAUAGUAUGUUUUAUCCAGGCUCUGAUUCCAUUUCGACACUGCUACACUACUAAGCUGUACUCUGGUGGACUUGGCCCUCUGCUGCUGCAAGUUGUUCGUGCUGUCCUUGGGUGGUACCUCAAGUGGUGCCUGAGCAAAACAAACAAGGUCUUAACAAAAUUUUAAAUAACAGAUUAAAGACCUCACCCCACACACUAUACUCUCUCUCUGCAGAGAGGGUAAAACAAAACAGAUUUGGAGCAGAGCUGUUUGUAGUCCUGAUAUGAGCAAGGCGUAAAGGAAAUAGAAAGGAGAUUCAACUGAUUUUCAUACAUUUUUUUCUUUUUUAAUGAUUAGCAAUGAUCCCACAUAAAAUGCUGCAUAUUGCUUUCUUGUAUUACUUAUUUUUGGAGGCUCAAAUAAGAAGGCAAGAAGAAAGGAAGGAAGGAAAUUGUAGCAGCUGAACCAAGUUGUUGAUCUGAAAUGAAGCAAAUAGAAGUCUUGCUGAAAAAAAAUGUUCAUAUGUUGCAAGGGAUGACCAUGUACAAUCCAAUUUUCUGCAGCAUGUGAUUUCCCAUCGUGAGCCUGGAGCUUCUUCUGCAAACUAGGUAUGCACAAUCUAGAGAUAAUGUGGUGACUUCAGUGCUCUGAGCCUUGUGUUUAGUUCAGUGAUAAGAUUAGACCAAACAUUGCCUUUGCUUUUAGGGUCCCUGAAUUGCAUUUGUUGCUGCUAACAAUUCCAAAACACAAGCUUGGUGAAGCUUAUUGGCAAAUUGAUUGUAUUAACCCAUUCCCCAAGUCUGCCUCCAAGAAACAAUGGUUCUAACCACGGGAGAAAUAUCAAGAGGAUGGCUGGAAAUCUGCUGAUUUGCAUAAGUCAUGGGGAUGACUGAAACAUGAUGAUUGUAUGAAAUUAAUACAUGGGAAGAGUUACAGGAUUGUUUACAGAGUAAUGGCUAGAUUGUGUCAGGCAGUAUGGGCGGGGCCUGGCUGAAAUUUAGCUAUGAAAGAGUAGAGAAGGAUAAGGUAACCCUUUACAAGUAAACAGCUUGUUAACUGCUGUGAAAGUUGUAAAAGUGUCAUGGAGAAAGUGUGGAGAUACUUUCAGCAAGGGCAGACUGAAUUGCAGUGUGGCAGGAGCCAAGUGUGAGAUACUGAGAGAAUUUGAAUACUGGAACCAGGCAUUUACUAGCAGUCUGUAAUGGAUAUUGUCCGCUGUCUCAAGAGAGAUACAGAAGGUACCUACAGGAGGUAACCCAGACAAAGAGUUUAUGAGGAGAGACUAAAACUUGAUGAGAAUCCAGAGAGAUUCAGAAGAGAUCUCGAACAAAACACUGGGGAGGAAAAGGGGAGAAUUCAGGAAUACCUUGGGAGAAAUACUAGGGACCCUACAUCCUUAGAGACUGCACACGGUAAGGCUGGAACUGCUACACUGACCCUCCUGAUUUCUCUCCCAGAUUGUGUGGUCUACCACGUAGGACAAGGACUACACUGAUCAAACUCACCUCUCUUCUGGACUGCCCUGUGGAACAGGAAGGUCAUGUUUCUCAUGGUUGUCAUCACAGAUAUCCAUGUAUAAAAUGUUUUUGAAUCUGACUUCAUUUAGACUCUGCACUUUCAUUUUAACUUUUAUUGCAAAA